AUGAUCGCCCGCGAUCACGGGGAGGCGCUCCGGGAGGCUCUCGGCUCCCGCGAGGUGACUGCAGAGUUACUGAGGGGCCGGGUUAUUUCGGCCGAUGCUUACGAGGAGCAGUUCAUUCUGCGGGCCGACGAGAUCUCGUCGACCCGUGCGACCAAUUUCAUGUGGCACGUCUAUCCUGAGAUGCUCAGGAGCCAGCAGCGUGUACCCUUCAGCCUGCAGCUCAUGCGCAAGGGAAUCAGAGCUCCGAGCGGCUGGUUCAAAAGCCCGCCAGAUUUCGUGCCACUGUUCAACCCUUCGUUGAUCGCACUGGAGGAUGGAUCACUUCUGGCGACGAUGCGGAUGUCCAAUGGGCCUGGCUGUCCGAGUGUCAGGCACGCAAGGGAAUCUAGCAUGGACACGCGUAUUUUCCUGAACGCAUUGGUUUUGGUGCACAUCAAUCCUGUCGAUCUCGAGGUUCUGAGCCACACGAUGGUGGAGAUGCCCGAACUCGCGUGCCAGUUCACGAGCGAGACCAAGAUGAGCGGCCGGAGGUUCCUGGAUCAGGUGCGCGGCCCCAUGGAUGCGCGCCUCGUGCAGGGCUCCGACGGCGAGAUGUGGCUGUCCUUCUACGCCGAGCGCAACGUCCCGGGGAGCGACGAGAUCGUCCGCGGGAUGAACGCCGCCCCCCUCCACGUGGAGUGGGCACAGUGCCCCGAGGAAGAGCACGCGUGGCAGCUGCGCGGCCGCGACGAGGCACUGGUCGGGGCGGGCUGCCGCUGGCUGGGCAUGGGCGACGGCCGAUCCGGCGAUGCGUGCCGCGCCUCGUGCGAGGCCUCGAGCAGCCACUGCAACGCCGUCAGCCUGGGGCCUGGGCGCUGUGAGCUGCGCAGGUGCGAGCCCGAGGUCGAGGUGGCCACGCAGGCAGGCUGGGAGACGUGGCUGCACGAGGGGCUGCUGCAGUGGCACCGUGCCGCCCAGCCCUGCACGACCUUUGCGAUGGGGAGCGGCCUGAGCCUUCGUGAGUGCCAGAGGAGCUGCGAGGCGGCCGACGAUUGCAGCGCGGUCCUCUUCUCGCCGCGCUUCGAGUCCUGCGCUCUCCAGCGGUGCGACGGCCUGGCUGGGAGGCCCGGCGGCGCGCCUGGCUGGGAGGCCUGGCGGCUGGGCCCGCCUCCGCCGCAGCAGUGCCUCAGGCGGGCGUGGGUGGAGCCCACGGAACUGCUGACCUUCCCUACCGUGAACGGGGUGGAGAAGAAUUGGAAUCUGAUCAAGGCGGAGCGGGACCGCUUGGUGAUCGAGUACUUCGUGGAGCCGCACAUCGUCUUGGAGGCCGGCCUGGACCGUUCAAGCGGCGUCGCGCUCACGAGUCUGGCCGAGCACGCCGUGUCCAGGUGGCCGUACGACGUGCUGCACGGCGUGUCCAAUGUGCGGGGCGGCUACUGCUGCCUCGAGCUCCCGCAGCGACUCUGGCCGGACUGGUACUUCGCAGCCGGCGGUCCAGGCCCGAUGCUGCUGGGGUGUGGCCACCUGCAGCGCAUACGAUCCCCCUUCGACCAGGCGAAAGGCGACCUGACGAGGUUCCGGAGGCAGGACAAGACGCGUGCAUACCACAACUUCUUCUAUGUCGUCCGGGGCAGUUCUCCGUUUGAGGUGAUGGCCGUCUCGACAGAGUGGUGCAUCACGAUGAACGGCCACUUUAGUUCGCAUUGGCGGCAGGAGUUCGCGGACGGCGAGGAGGCGUGCGAGGCCAUCCAGUUCGCGUCGGGCAUCGCCUUGCGUGGUGCCGACGAGCUGGUCGUCGCGUACGGCAUCAACGACUGCGAGAGUGAUCUGCUGUCGCUCCCCGUCGCGAGAGUGCUGGAGAUGCUCCGUCCUGUCCAGUCGACCCUCAAUGUGUCGUUGGACGAGCUCGAGAUGAUCUGA